AGGCUGGAAGCGGUUGCUUUAGCCCAAUGGGCGGCAAAUACUUUUUUGGACUGAGCCGUUGAGGUGUAUUAACAAAUUUGAGUUACGAUACGAGUCACAUCUCUAUUUUUAUCCAUAAUUUCUUAAUUUUUAAAUUAAAGGAAAAACAAGGUUAAAACAUGAUUAAACUCACCUGCUGUAAUAACAUUUGUAGCUGAGAUCUAUAGUAUUUUUUAAAAUUUUUUUGAAGAUUGAUUUUAUCAAUUAAAAUGAAAUGUUGGUGCUGAUCAAACCAUAGUCUAAUGGAAAAAAAAAAUUGUGUGGAUUUAAGUUAAUUUACAUUAAAUUUAGGGUUUAACUUAUCUUUCUGUCACAUUUAGUUUUGAUGGUUAUAAUAUAAUUGCUUAUACUAAAAAAUAUGAUCUAGACAAAGUGCUUGCCUAGAGUUUUGGCAUUUAAAUUUUCACUUGAAUUUUUUUUAGUACAUUAAGACUCAAAUUUUAGAUUUUAAAGUGUCAAAACACAACUUAAAUCAGUGAAUAUUGUAAUUAAAAAAUAAUAUAUUGAUAAAUAAUUCCAUUAGAGAAGGGGUAUAUUGGCAAUGCACAAUUUUCUACUAUUUUUGCUAUUUGUUUAAAACUACAUUAUGUGGCAUGAUGUGGUAGGAGAGUGACCAAUACCCUAGCCAAAACCUGGCAAUUUGGUAGCAGUUUCAAGUUUCAACAGCAAUUGGUAAAAUAGAAAUAUACAAGUAUGGUGGCACAUUGAAACUUGAAAAGAAUGCUUUCCACUCCAGAAUCAGCGCCUUGAAAAGGGUCUCUUUCUUCUACUCCCACCCCCGCUCCAGUGAAUACACUAGUACUCCUACUUGCAUUUCUUUUUAUUUUUUCUUCUUUUACUCAACCCAUCAGCUCUUGUUUCACAAAGAGAGAUCCUUUCUUUCUUUUACUGUUUCUUUUUCCUUGGCCGAAUAGCAAUGGGAGGUGGACUACUAUCUCACAAAGGAAAUGGCAGUGGGAAUGGGCACAAGGGAAGACCCUAUGUGUUGAUGUUACUUUUGGCAUUUGGGGCUGCACUGCUUGGUGUUAUGGUGCUGCACAAGUUCAGGGAGAUACGCAUCUUCAACCUCCUUAUCGAAGAUAAGAACCGUCAGCUCCUUUCCCUUCAGCUACUGUUGCAGAAGGAAAGAGAAUACACCAAAGACAUGAGAAGGAAAGCUGAAGAGACAAAAGCAAAGAUAUACUACCUUAGAAACCAAAAAAUGGAGCUUGAUCGUAGGCUGUUGGACAUGCUAUCUACACUUGAUUCCCUUAAAGAUGAGCAGAAGGCCAUGGAGUCUGCUCUGGAAGAGAAAAAGAGAGAGAUCAAACUGCUACGGGAUAAAGACUUGAAUACAGGAAAUGAGAACCCUCAGAUCAUAGCUUUAACAGCAACUUUGAAGCAAAAGGAAGCUGAAAUUGAGGAAUUGAAGCACCAUCUUACAGGUCAAGUAAGGGUUUGGUCAGUGAGUACUGAUGACCCAUCGAAUCCUAAAGUAAAUAUGACAAAGGGGAAGACAGAGUUCAGCCGUGAGGAGAGUAGGCGAGUACAUGAAUCUUCAUACAAGGGCGGACACAAUUCACCGAAAGGUCAGGAUGCAACUGAGACUAAAUUCAGUUUUUCGCAAGAGGAAGACAAAGGAGAAGGGUUUGAAGAUGGAAGUGAGAAAAGAGGUGGACAGCAGCAGAAACUUGAAAGUUUGGGAGAAAAUGCCAACAAUCAUGGAGCCAUAAGAGAAAUGAAAAUUGGGGAUACUGAUGAUACAGGCAAUUAUGUAGUAGAUGGGAAGAAGAAUCAUGCGAAUGCCAUUGAUACGAUUAAUGAUGUGGAUAACGAACAAGAGAAGAGAAUUAGCUUCAGUGGGCAGCUUGAAAAACGUAGAGUUCCUCACCUGGAAAGUGAACGAAUUCGUGAAGGUGGGAAGAAGAUGGACAUAGAUGAGAAUUCUAGGAUUUCAAGUUUACCAGGGAGAAUCGGCCACUUAAGCAGAUCAAAAGGAAAAAGAUGGAGAAGUCUUGCUAGGAAAAGGCUCCUAAAGAGGAAUGUAAAUUCCAGAAUUGAUGCAGUGGAAAACAUGACAGGUAGAAGGUUGUCCAAAGAAAAUAAAGCCCUUGUAAGAAGCAAGGAAGAUGGAGCAGGUUCUGGGGAGCCACAAAAAGAUGAAAGAGACAAAACAGAAAAAACUGGCCCGAGGAAGGAAAUGGGUGCUAGAAAAGCUAAUUUGUUCAAGCAUCGGAACUCUGAAGAUACUGAAGAUAUGAGCGACAGAAAAGUGAGUGCCAAGACAAGCCAUCAGGUGGAGGGAGAAAAUGCAAUGCAAAGAAACCAUGACGACUCUUUGGCAAUGGCAAUACAAGACACAGGUGUGAUUGGAGAAGCCAGUAACUAUACACAAGGCACCAACCAUGUUAAAGUUGAAGAAGGUGCCAAGAUCAAACAGAUUGAAGGACAUGAAACGGAAGAAGAUAUAGAGGUUGCCUAUGAACAAGAGCCAAAAACAGAAGCAGAAAAGGGUGACCUUUCCAGCAACUAUAUGUCUGAAUCUGAUGGUAAAGAAGGGAAUAAGGAUGACACAAACGAGCCCCAUUUUUAAUUUUCGUAUGCUUUUGGAGUGUUUUGUUAAAGUUGUAAUUGUCAUAACUCUUAAACAGUAAAAAUAUGUUUAGAAUUAAUGGAAAUAUCACUAAAUAGUUAAUGCCUGUGAUUUCCUCGAGUGACCGGGAGAAAAUUGUUAUCGACAGUGCAAAGAAUAUAGAAGUCAAAACUUAGCAGACAGUAACACUAGAGAAUUUAAGGAACUUAAUUCAAAUCUCAUUAAAUCAGGACAAUAUGCAAAAAAGCAUUGUUCAUUUCUUUUCAAAUUCAUCAACAGAUUUUAAGUCUUCAAAACUGUUACUUCCCAUUAUCAACAGGACUAGCCAACAAAUCAGGCAGUGUGUUCACUGAAACUAACCUCCAAUUUUGCUCAUUCACCAUUCUCUUAGUAAAAAAGAAAUGAUGAACAAGAAAACAGAUUUCCUCGCCAACAAAAGAAAAAAACAAUAUCCUAAGAGCAUAGAAGUUCCAGCCACACAUUAUUACUGGGAAUCUUGUAAAAAUUAAAAGCUCCAACCUCAUUUCUUUGCCGUUUCCACUG